GGGGCUGUCCCAUGGGAGAAAUCAAGGACCGAAGAUAGCUUGAAUGGGAAUCGGCUGGGUGAAUCUGAUUAGGAUUCCCCUUCCCUGAACCACUUCAGCACUACUGUAGGGUCUGGCAUUAAGUCUCCAGGAGCUGGGAGAGGCAAUCUGGCUGGAGACUAAGCAGUAAGGUGCAGCCACCAGGGAGGGCAUAGCUUUGAAGUCUCACCUGGGGCCCGUCUACACUUCCUGAACUGGGCACGGAGCCGUCUCCCCUGCCACGUGAAUGCCUGCGCUCACCCUGACCCGGCACCCCGAGAUGCGAGUGCUCCCCAAACAAGCCGCCGCGGGGCCCAGGUGAGGCUCUUGGAGCUUUCUAUUGAUCAAGAUGGACAACAACACUGGGCUACCUGUGGAAGAGAACUCUACCAUUCCAAGUCCUGUGCUAACCUCCCAAAUGGCUGAGGGGUUGCUUGGGACCAGCAUCCUCCCCUUUGUGGAUCCAGGCCUCCCCACCAAUGGGGAUGGCUCUCAUCUCAGCAGGGCCUGGAACAGCUCCCAGGCCUCCAAACAGCUCUUCCUCACCACCCCCCUUGCCCGGGGCAUCUCAGGAUUCUUUGUGUGGUCAGCCUUGGUGCUGACCUGCCAUCAGAUCUACCUGCACCUGAGAUUCUACACCGUGCCCAAAGAACAGCGUUAUAUUAUCCGCCUCCUCUUCAUCGUCCCCAUCUAUGCCUUUGACUCCUGGCUCAGUCUCCUCCUGCUCGGAAGCCAUCAAUACUAUGUCUAUUUCAACUCAGUGCGGGACUGCUACGAAGCAUUUGUCAUUUACAGUUUCCUGAGCCUCUGCUUUGAGUACCUAGGAGGUGAGAGUGCCAUCAUGGCUGAGAUCCGUGGGAAGCCUAUCAGGUCCAGCUGUUUUUAUGGCACCUGCUGCCUGCAGGGGAUGUCCUAUUCCAUCGGUUUUCUUCGGUUCUGUAAACAGGCCACGCUGCAGUUUUGUAUUGUGAAGCCCGUCAUGGCUCUCAUCACCAUUAUCCUGCAGGGGUUUGGCAAAUACAACGAUGGAGAUUUUAAUCCCCGCACUGGCUAUCUCUACGUCACCAUUGUCUACAACUUCUCCGUGAGCCUGGCUCUCUAUGCCCUCUUCCUUUUCUACUUUGCCACCAGUGACCUCCUCCGACCCUUCGAGCCCGUCCUCAAGUUUCUCACCAUCAAGGCCGUCAUCUUUCUCUCCUUCUGGCAAGGGAUGCUGCUGGCCAUCCUGGAGAAGUGUGGCGUGAUCCCAGAGGUGCAGAUCAUCGACGGGAACGAGGUGGGGGCUGGAACGGUGGCUGCUGGCUACCAGAACUUCAUCAUCUGCAUCGAGAUGCUCUUUGCCUCUAUUGCCUUACGCUACGCCUUCACGUGCCAGGUGUACUCCGAGAAGAAGGAAAACUCACCAGUGACCGUGGCUCCCAUGCAGAGUAUUUCCAGUGGGCUCAAGGAGACCAUAAGUCCUCAGGACAUUGUCCAGGAUGCUAUCCACAACUUCUCGCCUACUUACCAGCAGUACACUCAGCAGUCUAUGCAGGAGGUCAAAAUACAGGGGAAAAAUGGGAACACGACCCCUACUUCCCAUCUUCCUGGGGGCAAGAAGAGCAAAAACAUAGAGAAGAGGAUGUUAAUCCUUUCUGAUGAGUUGUAGGGGAGUCUCUAAGGGAGCAAGAACUUCAGACCCAGGGAGAGCCUUCCAAGGAGUUAGCUUUUGCCUGAAGAGCUGUCCUUGAACAGUAGUCAACAUACCCCACCAAGUACAAGCAGACUGUGGAAGAGGAGGUAUUGCAUUCUCCCAUCACCUUCCCUCUUAACAUUCUACCAAUCUACCCCCUAUGUUCUAAGAACUGGUCCUGAGGAAAAAUUGCUUUGGAGAGAUCUUUUUCCAAGACCUGUCCUGCUGUGACCAUGGAGUCUACAGCCCUGCUCUGUUUUCUUAUCUGAAAGACCAUCUCCAUCCCCUCCACCCCCCAAACCCACAGCUCAGAUUCUUUCAGUGACCAGUAAUGUACUUCCUUUUUGACUGGAGUGGAUGCCUUCAUCAGAGCUCGCCAGGAGAGAGCUCUCCUUUCCACAGUAAGUCAAUCAAGAAACAAUCCUUAGGCACCAAGUGUGUUCCGGGAAGUGUGCUAGAUGCUGGUCAUAUAAAGACAAAAAUGAAACAGUUCUUACUGUCCGGGCCUGGUGAGGAGAGCUGUCCCAGGCAUAGGGGAGAGGGACGACCUCUGCAGACAGGUGGAGGAAGCAUAUGGGAGAUGAUGUGCAAAGUGAGGUCCAGGAAACCACAUAGAUGCUCAGAAACUUGAGGAGACUAUUUUUUAAAACUGUUUCUGCUGAAGACCCAGAAAGAUAAAGGAUUAUCUCCUGUACAUCAAGAUACAUUCCAGGAGGAUUAAAAACAAACAAACAUGAACCAUGUUCUAUUUCUCUUCCUCUUCCCAAAGAUAAAGGGACUAUUCAUUUUGAGAACUGGGGAUACCUCCAAGCCGACCUGACUUCUAUCUAUAUAGGAACAAGACUCCAUCUUUGAUCCAGAGAAUCUGAUGGUCCCUUUGCUUAGCCACUUUCUUGGGAGUAUUACAGGUGGCAGCAAAGGCUGUGGAGAAUGUGUGGGGUACCACUGCUAGGACCUGGCCAGCUUCCCCCUUGCCAGACAGUGUUGUUCCUCAGUUACCCAGAAGCCAGUGGACGUCUGACUGGAUGACACUCUUCAAAGUUCUACCCGAUUACAGCCAAGAACCAGGGCGUCCCAAAGGGCUGCAUCGGUCAAGCAAAGAGCUUUGCACUGGAAUCUGUCAUAGGUGCCACCAAAGACCCUCCCUCUCCCCCUCCCCUUGAUGCUGCAUGCUACAUCUCCCCAUCCUGAAGCAGACUGAAGCAGGGACAUGAGACAGCAGUGGAAGGGCUGUCCCACUAAUCUGUAAGGUUUGUAUGGGUGAAAGGGAUUCCCUCCCUCUGAUGGGGGGUCUGGCUGAAAACAGAGCUGCUGAUGAAUUAGGAACCCAUUCCUUCCCUGCAGAGCAGGCUGCAGGGAGCAAGGGGGAGAAAACUGGCUUGGGUUCAGUCCAGUCCAAUAUCACCACAAGUAUUUUGCUAAGUCCUACUAUGUACAGAGCACUUGGGAUACAGAAAUGGGAAUGAAAAGUGGUACCUGCCUUCAAAGAACUUAUAUUUUACUGGGGAAUAAAAACAAAUCAUUGGGUAAAUAAAUACAAUUUGAGAAGGCAGGUUAGGGAAGAAUAAGCAGUAACAACCGGGGGUGUGAUGGCACAUGAGCUGAGCCUUGAGAGAAUCUAGGGAUUCCAAGAAGGGGUGAGAAGAGGUGUCCCAGGUACGAGGGAGAGGGACAACCUGUGCAGAAAAGUAGAGGAAGAUGGGAGGUGGUGUGCAAAGUGAGAUCCAGGAAACCACAAAUAGGUGGUCAGAAACUUGAACAGACUGGUUUUUAAUUGUUUCUGCUGGAGAUUAUCCCCUGCACGUCAAAGUAAAUUCAGGGAGGAUUAAAAACAAACACACGCAGGAACCAUGGUCAACUUCUCUUCCUCUCCCCAAAGACUGACAGCAGAAUUCUCUUCAGUGUUAGUACUGGAGUGGACAGGGAUUGGCAGGUGAUGGGCUAAGUGGGAGUGGACAGACUUUGGAAGUUAUGUCCAAAAGGCUGUACAGCCUUUAAACAAAGCAGCCCGCCUGCGUCUCGCUUGUCAGGGACCAACUUGGGAAUCCUGAGGUAUUCCUUAUCAAGGAAGGAGGAGGGGGAGGGGGCUGUAACCCCCCCCUCCCCGAGUGCCCUCCCUUCCCAGCUGUGCCAAGGGUCAGAGGAUCGUGAGACAUACCGCAGCGUAUCACAGACUUCCAAGCGGAUUGCUUUUAUUUAUAUAUAAAUGUUCUUUGGGGUUUUUUCCCCAUAAUGA